GCCUCCGCUCUUCUUCCCAUUUCCACCCAACGAGAGCCAAAAGCCUCGCUGCCCCCACGCCGCCCCGCCCCGCCCCGCCUCGCCUCGCCCCGGAGGCGACCCCCGGCGUUCCCCGCAGCGACCGGCGACCGUGCCGCGGGUUCUGAUCGCUCGCCGCCUCCGCCCCGUGCCUGCCAGGCCUCGGGCGCCGCCGCCGCUCCCGCGGACGGCCCGGACCGCACCCCGCCUCGGCGACUUGUGAUCCAGCCGCGUCGCGCGACAGCUCGUCGGGCUAGUCCGAUCCCCGCGGCCCGCCGCGGGACGAGGAGUCUCCGCUCCCCGAGGUGAGGUCCCGAACCGGGGAUUCGGGGAUUUUGAAGCUGAUACGACGGGAUCCUGGUGAUAAUGAGGGGCUACGAAUACGAGACCAAUGGUUACCAUCGAGCAGUGGAGUAUGAAUAUGAAGACGAGUAUUAUGAUCAAGAUGAGUACGAGGAGGAUGGUUCAGGUGCUGGGGAUGAGUAUGUUGAGGAGGAAGAACCUCUAGAGGGACAAAAGGAGAUCCUUGAGUUGAGAGAGCGGCUAAAGGAGCAGAUUAGAAGAAAGGCAAAGGCUGCUGCCGCCAGUGCAGCUGGCCGCUCUUCUUCCUCCCAUGAUAGAGUUCCUCCAACCAGGGAUAACAAAUUUGGCUCUUUCUUUGGACCAUCUAAGCCGGUGAUUUCUCGACGAGUGAUUGAAGAAAGAAAGUCAUUGAAAGAACUGCAUAGCACAAUCUCAAGAGAUCCAAGGCCUUCUGUAGUACAUAGGGAUGUGCCAUCCUCCUCUAAAGUUCAAAAUAGAGUAAAUGGACAUCAGCAUAAACCAAAGAUAGUUAAUGAGGUAAAGAAGAAGGCUGAGGCACUUAAGGAUAACCGGGAUUAUUCAUUUCUACUCUCAGAUGAUGCUGACCUUUCAUCCUCUCCAAAGGAGAAAUCUGCAGCUAGAUCUUCCUUUUCUCAAAAGGCUGAUCGUGAGGUGAUGCAUUCAGCAGCAAAGAGCAAGGCGCCAACAAGUCAACCUGCACGGCUGUCAAAUGGAUAUGGAUCUAAGAACACAUUGUCAACCCAAAGACAUGCUGAAGGUAGGGUAGAUUCCAUGAGAAGGGAGGCUUUGUCAAAUAGAGAAAGGGUGGUUUCACGUGACAGUGAGAGGAUGCAUAGUAUUGUUAGAAAUGGAUCCAACCAGGCAAGUAAUAGCAAAAUUACAAGCCAAAAGCUUCCAACCAAGGGUCCUAUUGCUAAUAGGCAUCUUUCAAAGGAUUUGAAUGAUCCAGCACUGAGGAAGGGUAGUGUAGCCUCGAGGCAUGAGAUCGACAGGCCAAAAUCCUCGCAAAGUCAGAGGAUGCAGUCAGCUGGUCAGAGACCACAGCUUUCUUCCCAUGGUCAGAGGCCACAACAAUCGGUGCAGCAGAGGCCACAACAGUCAUUGCCGAAUAGAAGGCCACAGCAGGUGUCACAGGGUCAGAGGCCACAACAGUCCUUGCAGAGUCAAAGACCGCAGCAGUCUUCACAUGUUCAGAAAUUGCAAUCUUCACAAACUCACAGACCACAGAUGCAAAGUAACAGGUCUCAGUCAAUGCAAGUGCAAAGGCCUCUUUCUUCGCAGGGUCAAUACUUGGAGCAAAGAAGAGUUCAGGCAAAUGAUAGAGUAAAACAAGUAGAAAGGCAGAUCCGACCUCCUUCAAAACCCAUGCCAUCUCGGCCUCUCUCUUCCAAUGGAAUACGUGAUGAUCAUGCAAAGAGAAAGCAAGUGGUGAAAAGAAGAUUUGAUGAAGAUGAAGAUGAGGAGGACCCCCUUGCCAUGAUCAGAAAUAUGUUCGGGUAUGAUCCUAGAAAAUAUGCUGGCAGAGAUGAGGAUGAUAGUGACAUGGAAGCAGAUUUUGCUACUAUAGAGAGGGAAGAGAAAAGAAGUGCAAGGAUUGCUAGGCAGGAGGAUGAGGAGCAACUCCGCCUGAUUGAGGAGGAAGAGAGACGUGAGCAGGAGAGGAAGAGGCGAAAGAUGGCACGGGGCCGAUAGUAACUGAGAGUGGCUCCUGUACACUUCAUCUUUGAAUGUUAUUCAGAGGCCUUGUUGCCUGAAGACAAGCCAUGGUCAAUCGGAUCACCACUUGGCAGGCAAUUCUGAUGUACUGGAGCGUUGCGAACAGCAACCUCAAGCAUUGCCGUGAGGAUUUGCAGGGGGGAAAUCAAGAAAACCGGCAGGUGAGCAACGCCGGGCGUCUAGGCAAAAUGUUAGUCGUAGUGGUUCCUGAACCUAACAUGGACCUUAUCUAAACUCUCGUUGGGGCGCUUGGAUAUCAAAAAGGUUGCCAGUGGCUCAGCUUCCCGUCGAAGUGACUGUACAUGAUUGCUUCUCACUACACUGAUUCGUUAUGUUAGCGUCCUAAGGAUGCCUAAUUCAAAUUUUUGAAUUU